CGUUUCCUUCCUUUCGACCUUGUUUUUUUGAAAUUACAUUAAAUAAACACAAAGGUACACAUUCCUCUCACGAAACCACAUCGUGGCUACUCUUAUUCCGUACAGACUAUCAUUUUACUUUAUUUAUUUACGUUAAGACGGUUUAUACAGAAACAAGGGAGCGUAGUAAAGGAAUCGUCAACGAAUUGUGACGCGUCCUAACGGCGCCACGGUUUGAAAACCCGGAUCUGUUGUUGUCUUUCGUGUUGUUUAGCAUGAGCGUUUCCUCAACGUUUCUUUGUCUUUAAUCAUUUAAACUCAAGAUUUAUGUCAUCAUGGGUGUUCACGACUUGUGGUCUAUCAUCGAGCCGGUUCGUAAGUCGGUGCCGUUGUACAGCUUGAGCGGAAAGACGCUGGCAGUGGACCUGAGUUUAUGGGUGUGCGAGGCCCAGCACGUCCAGGCGAUGAUGGGGAGAGUUACUAAACCCCACCUGAGGAAUUUGUUUUUCCGUGUGUCGUCCCUGACACUGAUGGGGGUAAAGCUUGUGUUCGUCAUGGAGGGAGAAGCUCCCAAAAUUAAAUUAGAAACCAUGAACAAGAGGACAGAAGCGAGGUAUGGAGGUUUCAAGAAGGCAUCUGCCCCCAAGUCCACAACAAACACCAGCAGAGGGCGCUUUAAAGCUGUACUACGAGAGUGUGCAGAGAUGUUGGACUACCUGGGUGUGCCGUGGGUGACGGCCUCCGGCGAGGCCGAGGCCAUGUGUGCUUACCUGGACUCACAGGGCCUGGUGGACGGCUGCAUCACCAAUGAUGGAGAUGCUUUCCUGUACGGGGCCCGGAUCGUCUACAGGAACUUCAACAUGAACAGCAAAGACCCUCAGGUGGACUGUUACAAGACGUCCCGAGUGCAAACAGAGUUGCAUCUGUCCAGAGAAAACCUUGUCGGUCUGGCCAUUCUCCUCGGCUGUGAUUAUAUUCCUAAGGGAAUUCCAGGUGUUGGCAGAGAGCAGGCCCUGAGGCUCAUCCAGACGCUGAAAGGACAAACACUUCUUCAGAGGUUCGUGAAGUGGAAAGAGGAGAAUCCAGAUAUACCCGACAGAGUUGUGAAGAAGGUUCCUCACUGCAACAUGUGUCGCCAUCCUGGCUCCGCGAAGACGCACGAGCGUGUCGGGUGUGCGCUCUGUGACAGCGAACGAUACUGUCAGCCUCAGGACUUCGAUUACCAGUGUCCUUGUGACUGGCACCGCUACGAGCAGGCCCGCCAGGCCUCGUCUUUCGAGGCAAACAUCAGGAAGAAAACUCUCGCGAGCCAACAGUUCCCUUUUACAGAGAUCAUCAGUGAGUUUCUAGUGUCCAAGGACAAGCCUGUGUCACAUUUCAAGAGGAGACAGCCAAACAUGCUGCUGAUGCAGAAAUUUGCCUACGACAAGAUGGAGUGGCCGACGCACUACACCAGCGAAAAGGUUUUAGUCUUGAUGACCUACGCCGAGUUGAUGAACAGAAAAUACGGGAGAGACAUGUCUUCGCAAAUCAAGCCCAUCCGAAUAUUCAAACCGAGGGUGAGGAAUUCUGUCGCCUGCUUCGAGGUCAUCUGGAGCACACCAGAACAUUUCGUGUUUCCUGAAGAUCGUCCUGCAGAGGAUCGACAUGAGGUGAAGACAGUGGAGGAAGAGUCUCUCUUUCGCGUGGCCUACCCCGAUAUGGUAGAGGGCUACCUGAGAGACAAAGCUCUGGCUCAGGAGAACAAGACCAAGAAAAAGAAACCAAAAAGUAAGAAGGAGAAGCCAUCUGACCCUUCAGAUGGUAUUUCAGAUCUCUUGGCCCAGAUGACCCUUCAGAGUUCCACUUCAGCAAAUACUACGACUCGACCGCAGCCGCUGCUUUCCACUAAUUCAAACGCAGAUAAACCAGAAAUUGUGAUUUUAGACACACCGGUGAACCAUAAGCAGCAGCAGCAGCAGAAGGAUGUAGUGAGCCGCAGUGGUCUGCAUGAUUGCCCCAACACUCCUCUGUCUCAUGCUGCCGAAUCGGAGGCUGCCGCCUCACCUUCUGUCUCUGCUGCCAUCGACGCCCUGCACCUGAGCAACAUCAACUGGGACGCUUCGUCCUUCACAUCCUCUCCACAGGCUGCCUCCACAGAGGCCUCGCUAAGUAUAACCACAGAUGGAGAUGUCAAGGAAUCAGGGGGUGGAAACACGAAGCAGAAAACCUUAUGUGACGUCAAGCAAGCAGACCCUAGAUCUGCUCUAGAGCCGUGUUACUCUGACUUCUCUCUAAGAGACCGGGUCCUCAUGAGGAACACGGCCAAAACCACGAAUCAGGUGGAGGUCGACAGUGAUGUGGUCUCAAAACAGCUGAACUACGAGUUAGCCUCUCACGAACGUCAUCCAAAUCCAGAACCCAGUGGACAGAUUUCCAGUAAAGAAGGGCGUGAAGUUAAUUUGUCAGGGAAGAUAUCGGCUGUUAAUCGCAAAGAAGCGCUCGCAGACAAAAGCCAGUGUGUAACGAACGUAUUUGAAAAAGGAACUCAGAGCUCAAAUGAGCAGAUAAUGCCAGCGGCUCAAGGCGAGACAAAGGAAAAAGCAAGUGCCUCGAGAAAGCCCACUCAGAAAUAUAAAUUUGUCCGGACGGCGUCGUCACUGGCUCCCCCUCCCCCGGGUCAAAGCAGCAAGAAGGACGUGAGCGUGCCGCAGACCACCAAGAAGAGCGUGUGCAUGAGCGUGAGCUCGUCCAGCGAGGACAGUGACGCAGAGAACCAUCAGUCGGGACCUCAAAGGCCGACAAAAACAAAGCCCAGAAACGAAAUCAAAGGCGCCUCCAUUUCAGACUUCCCCCUCAAGCCGCUUUCUUUCCCCAAAACGAGCAAACCGAAUGCAGAAACUGCUCAAAGUGUGCGGUUAAUUGGGCAAAAAUCUCAAAGCUGCAGGAUAAAUGUUACAAACAGCACGCCUGUAUCGGCUAAAAACAAAUGUUGGGAUGGGGCCCAAGCUAAUGGUGAUGGGGAUGUGUUCCUUCGGAGUCCAGCGUCUCCUGUCGUUGUGUCGGAUAGCGACGAUUCUGUGAUUUGUGGCGAGAGUCCGCUGCCACUGGCCGAGAGGCUGAGACUGAAAUUUCUGAAGUGAGCGACAUAGUUGCAGGAUGAAGGAUCGGAGCAUGUAAGCCUAUGUCCUCUUAACUGUGAACUCCUGACUUUAUAUAAACAAAGCCUCAAUGGACUUUUGUGAUCAGAAAUCGAACCGUUUCUGUAAAAUAAGGUCAAUUUAUUCACAAAAAAGUCCAAUUAAUAAUGCGACGCAGUUUGAGAGCUGCAGGAAAAGUCUCUGUCUUUUUGCUUUUUAAGGAGUAGCUGUGGAUUAGCGCUGUCGUUUAAGCAUUUAAUGCCCACUGACGGCGCCGCAUGUGUUUAUUUUCUCCCACCGCUGCCUGACAAGCUAAAUGUCACAGCUAAGGGGAGAAGGAAGGCGCUGCAGCUGACGGGGACGGAGGACGCUGAGCCAUUGGUUUUUACAACCCACCGGUGUUGGUCCCCUUGAUCAUGAGUGAGGCCUCACACCUUUACAGACAUGAAAGGUCUGGCAGGGGCUUGGUGACAGCUGCAUCCUCUGCCCAAAUAACAACUCAGUCUAGUUAGUGGCUCUUUAAUCUGCUUCUCCUUGGUAUAAAAGCUGAUUAUACAUUAAAUAAUAGUGUUUAUGAGAAUAAUGCUGGUUGUUUUUAUGGUGCAGCAAAGUGUGUUGAGUAGUUGUCUGAAUAGGAACUGGUCAGA